CGGCCUAUGGUGUUGUACAUCUUGCGUUAACGAUUAAUUUGAUGUAGAUUUGACAAUUUAGUGUGGCUUGCUGAAUCUGUGUCACUGAAUUCAUGUUUUGAAUCUAUGUUUUCGCAGACUAAGGAAAGUAAUUAGUCACACAUAGCGCGGUUUCAGAUUAAAUAUCAGCCAGUAGCCUACAAUAUUUGAUUACCAGGUCGUAAUAACUUUAGAACAAAUGCACAUUUUUUUCUGACGCUGGUUAUGUCUGACAUCAGCGCAGGCCACCAGUUUGGGGGACGUAAACAGGUCGAAGUCCCCACCCACAAGGUUUCUCAGUUUGCAUAUAUCUUUGCGCUCCUAGACUGAUCUCUAAUCUACCGACCAACCUUUCGGCGACAGCAUGCGGUUCCUUCAUCUUCACUGGAUUUCAACAUGGAAUCUGGUCACAGUUGUUUUGAGUCUCUCAUCACCAGAUAUCAAUAUUACCAGUGACGUUCUGGAAUCAGGGGGACCCAACGAGACUGUUUCAGCCAUUCUUGUUACAAAUUCAUCUCAGAUAAAUGUUACUUGUGGUCCUGAGGAACCUGUUGAUCUCUAUGAGAGUCAUGAGAGCAACCCAUCCGUUUUACACGAUCUGAAGCUAGAGGUCACCUCCACUGAUGAGGGACCCGCGCUAAAAGUCUCCUGGGCGGUCAGAGUAGAUGCAAGCACUAGUAGUCUGACUGGAUUAUGGCUUGAAGUGUCACAAAGAGAUCCUCUUUGGUGUCAGUAUAGCCCUCCAUUCAACAGUUUUUCAAUAAUGGACGUGGACUUGCUGUGGUUCAGCUACACUGUCCAUGUUGAACCCGAUUACUAUUACCACAUAAUAGCCCAUAAUUUGCCAGAACCACCAUUUGGAUCGGAAAUACAAAUAAGAAAAUUUAAAGGAAUAGACACUCCAGCGUGUGACGUUGCCAUUAUGAAGAGUCAUCCCACAUGUGUGAAUAGAGAACCCACCAGGCAGCCUGAACCAACUACUCCUAGCACACAGAGUGAGAAUCACUCCAGAUCUUCUUUGAUCGUGUCAGUGUCCAUUUUGGUUACGCUGUUGGUGUUUGCCACUGGAUUCAGCCUCUAUAUAGCUCAUCGGUGGGCUUUGGUGAGCCCCUCUAAGACGACCUACGAGGGUGCUCCCGUGUCUGUGCUGAUCGUGUACCCGGCAAUGAACGGUGUGUUCCAGCGGGCUGUGGUGGCGCUGGCUGACUUCUUGCAAAGCAGCGGCACCUGCAACGUGGCCAUCGACGUGUGGCAGCGGGAGUCACUGGCCGAGCUGGGCCCACUCCGCUGGCUACACACCCUUGCAGAGACCUCCAACAGGGUCCUAGUCGUGCUGCCUGGCCGUGCCACAGACUGUGAUGAGUCUGUGGGAAGGCUGUUGGCUCCCUCUCAGAUGGGGCACACGGUCCCUGCUUCAGCUUACGAGCUCUACCCCUUAGCACUCAAGAUGCCCGGUAAAUCCAAGCUGUGGGUGGUUCACCUGGGCAAGGUGACUGCGAAGAGCAGCAUGCCGGUGGAGCUGAGGGGAUGCCGGUCCUUUACCCUGCUCAAGGACCUCCAGAAGCUCCUCCAUGACCUCUGCCCCGAACGCAAGGCUGCCAGGGGCCCGUGGCUGAAGUGCUGGGUGGGUGGGGGGAGGCAGAACUCGGACAAGGCUCUGGGCAAACUGAAUGAGGUGGUGCAGCAGCUGGAGCAGCUGGAGAGAUAUGGUGUGAUAGAGCAGCCAAAUAUGGUGUGAUAGAGCAGUAAAAUAUGGUGUGAUAGAGCAGUCCAGUGGCGUUGUUACAUUAGGGGCACGUGGGGCACUGCCCCACCAGAUCCAGAUGGCGCUCUGGUGCAGAAAGCUCAAUACAUCUGUGCU